AUGAACGAGCACUUUAGGAUACAAGCCCAUUUCAACGACAUCCGCCCUAUCAGAGCUGUCGGAGGAGCGCUCCGCGAAAGUCAAUUGGGUACAAGCUUUGAGUCGGGCCCAGGGUUUCCGGGCCAGGAGGCACUCCACAAUACAACAUACUGCUUCUCUCAGUCCAACAAGGGGUUCCCAUGGCUCGACGAUAGCUUUAUUAGAAGCUUAGACGACCAAUUUUUCAUACCUGGGGACCUUUACGUCAGUGAGGAUUUUGGAUCAGACGUCCACGAUAUCGAUGCCGCGUCGUGCCAUCCGGGGCAGGAUUCGGACUCCAAAGACUCCGCCUCACCUGGCUCGCUGCCAGCAAUUCUGUCGCCUCUCCGCAAGGACCAUGGAAUGCUUUCCAUGACUACAGCAAGUUCUCAGCGAGCGCACGAGCGCAAGGGGAAUUGCCCAGGGCGCAACAGUAUCGAAGCCCCAUACAACCCCACAGUUUUACAAGCCCGAGAGAAGAACCGCAUGGCGGCAGACAAGUGUCGCUCCAAGAAACAAAGGGAUGUUACACAGCUCAAGAGCAUGCAUGAGACGCUCGAGGCUAGACAUCGACAGCUCUGCAGCACCGUCUCGGACCUGGUGGCGGAGACGCAUGCUCUGAAGAAUAUGCUCAUGCAGCAUGGGAACUGCGACUGUGAAUUGAUCCAAGAAUAUCUCAGGGAAUCUGCAUCUAGUUGGAUUGCCAAGAAGACGGGUGACUGCUUGGAGGCCUAG